CAUGCUGUCGGGGAUCCCCUAUCUUGGGAAGCAGGGGACACGGGCCAGAGACGGGCAAAACCUUGGCCACUCCUUCACCAAGGAACUCACUGAGCGUUACCACAACACCAACAGGAAUGUCACAACUGACAAUUGGUUUACCUCAGUGCCACUCAUACAGGACAUGCUGCACAAUUGUGGCAUGACCAUGAUUGGGACAGUCAGGGGCAACAAGGCAGAGAUUCCAGAGGAGAUGAAGGACAAGACCACACGGGCUCCAGGUUCCAGUGCCUUCCUGUUCACCAAGGACAUGACACUGGUGUCGUAUGUGCCCAAGACCCCUUCCAGCAAGAAGAUUGUCCUCCUCUUGUCCUCAAUGCAUGACAAGAAUUCCUUGGCCAGCAGUGGAAAGCCAACGAUAAUUGAAGACUACAACAGGACGAAAGGAGGGGUGGACACUUUCGACCAAAUGUGUGGGCAGUAUUCGUGUGGCAGGAAGACUAAGAGGUGGCCGCUCUGUGUCUUUUAUGGCAUGGUCAACACUGGGGUCAUCAACUCGUGGAUCAUCUACGAGGAAAAUAUGAAGAGAGCAGGUGGCAAGCAGAUCAAGAGGAAGCAGUAUAUGCAGGAGUUGGCUGUGUUGCUGGUCAAGCCUUGGGCAGUCCAUCGCCUCGCGCAUCACACUCUGCCAAGGCAGCUCAAGGAUCAUAUAUACAGUGUUUAUGAUCUGCCCACUCCUCCUGACACUUCAAGAGCUUCUGUACUACCUGCAGCAGACAUGAACAAUUCCAUGGUGCGCUGUGUGGAAUGUCCAGCGAAGGCAGACAAGAAAACACGCUUCCGCUGUCUGUCAUGUGAAAGAGCUGUGUGUCCCAAACACUACUACACCAUGUGUGGCAACUGUAUAUAAGGCUGAGAAGCCGCAGCAGCUCGGGAGCAGCACCCCCUUUGGCACUGGCUCACACAACCUGAGAGACCGUAUGAGCAGUCUGGAGGUCAUCGGAUGAUAACUUUUUUUUAUAUUUUUUUUUCAUAUUUAUUUUGAAAAAUUUUCCUAUUUUUAGUUACAACUUUUAGUACCUCAUAUUCCU